UCUCCUAUGUAAAGUUUGCUAUGACUACUCCCUAUUUAUACUCACACCUCUCCCUCUCCCUCCUUCCCCUUUAAGGUACCUUCUUGUAUACAAAGGACCAUUCUUCAACUUUUCACUUCCCUUUUCGUAGUUACGUCUUCAACUCCAACACUGUGUUCAUUACUAUGCAAACAGACCGAAGGAAGGAAAUGGAAACCCUCGAAAUACUUCACAUGAACAAAGGCGCAGGCGAAACUAGCUACGCCAUGAACUCCUCCGUUCAGAAUAAGAUUAUCUCUGCAGCAAAGCCAGCAACAAAGAAAGCUAUUGUGCAAAUUCUGUGUUCAAGUUUGCCAGAAAAGAUGGGCAUUGCAGACUUGGGUUGUUCCUCUGGGCCGAAUGCGUUAAGGGUGAUAUCUGAGAUAGUGGAUGAUGUGUAUUCCACCUCACGCCUCUUGGAUCGGCCAAUGCCUGAGUUGGUGGUGUAUUUGAAUGACCUUUACACGAAUGACUUCAACAACAUAUUUGGCUCAUUGCCUUCUUUCUACAGAAAGCAGAAGCAAGAAAAGGGAAGUGGCUUUGGAUCUUGUUUUAUUUCAGCAGUCCCUGGAACUUUCUAUGGCAGGCUUUUCCCAAGCAAUAGCCUCCACUUUGUCCACUCUUCUUCCAGCCUCCAUUGGCUUUCUCAGGUUCCUGGUGGUUUGGAGGAUGGUUGUGGGAGAGCACUGAACAAGGGAAAGAUCUACAUAUCAAAGAGCAGUCCUGAGUGCGUUUUGGAUGCUUAUUCUGAGCAAUUCAAAAGUGAUUUUUCAGUGUUUCUGGCUUCACGUUCACAAGAGAUGGUAAGUGGAGGACGCAUGGUGUUGUCUCUUAUUGGUAGGGAAUCCAUGGAUCCAACCACUGGCCAUAGUUGCUAUCAGUGGGAGCUGUUGGCACGCUCUCUCAUGACCAUGGUUUCUGAGGGUCUUGUAGAAGAGGAGAAGGUGGAUUCUUUUGACGCUCCGUACUAUGCACCAUGUUUGGAGGAAGUGAAAUCGGAGAUUCAAAAGGAAGGGUCAUUCAUGGUGGAUGGGCACGAGGCUUAUGAAAUCGAUUGGGACGGUGGAAUGGAAAUGGAAGGUGAUGCUUCUCCAUUGUCAAGAGGAGAACGAGUGGCUAGGACCAUUAGGGCAGUGGUUGAGUCCAUGUUUGAAUGGCAUUUCGGGUGUCACAUAAUGGAUGAGCUGUUUCGAAGGUAUGCAGAAAUUGUAGAGGAGCAUUUAUCCAAGACUAGGACCAGAUACAUCAAUUUGGUCAUUUCCCUCAUCAAGCCAAGUUGAAAUACAAUACAACACAAUCAAACAAACAAGGCAAUCCUUAUUUAGAAUAUGUUUAUAUAUAAGUUUUUUUUUUUUUUUCUAUUUAGAGAGACACUAAAUAUUUUACUAAAUUUAUAUCUAUACAAACUCUUUUUUUUAAUUGUAUUGUUAUUGUUGUCGACAUGGUGGACGUGUAAGUGAUUCCACAUUUCAACUUGUACGAAUAAUGGCUAUGUUUGGUGUACGUGUAUCUUAGUAUGACUUUAUGUCCCAUGUUUGACUAGAGAAGUGGAAAUCGUGGGGUAUAUGUAUUCUUUUUCAUUGUGUUUUAGAGUUUAGUUUUAGAUUUUAGAUUCUCAAUAAAGGAGUGGAGGUGAUUCAACUACUCAACACAACGAUUUUUUCUUUUCUUGAUUGAUACAAUACAAGACAACGACUCGCUUCCAAAUGCGCCAAUGACGGU